UCUCUCCGUCUCUGAAAUAGAAUCCACGGAUCGAAGAUUUUUUUUUGUUGAGAAAAAGCUUUUUUUUUUGCUCAAAUGGGAUUUGGGUAUUUCUGGGUUUAAGAUCUCUUUCUAUUUCCCAUCUUCUUCUUCAUAUUCACGAAUUCUUUUGCUCUUAUUGUUCUUCCAGCGAUGGUUUCGUUCUUUGAACUCUUCUACGGGGAAGCGAGUGUAACAGAGUGGGAGAAAGAAAGAUAAAAGUAGCACGUGGUUAUAUACAUAUACACAUAUAUUUAUACAUAUAUAUAGAUAGAUAGAUAGAUACAGACAUACUGCUUCGCCGGAGAAGAAGACUUCUGUUGCAGUAGUGAAGAACCAGCAGCGAUUCAGAGCAAAAAGGGGAAAUAUCGAUGUCUGGAGCAACAACAAUGAUGGCCGAAUCGAAACCAGAGAUCGAGAUGGCGGAGUGCGAAUGCUGCGGUCUGACGGAGGAAUACACGACGGCGUACAUCGAUAACGUACGGACGAUCUACGCCGGAAAAUGGAUCUGCGGCCUCUGCUCCGAGGCCGUCAACUACGGAGGAGGAGUCGCCGGAGUUGAAGAGGCUUUGGCCGGACACAUGAGGUUCUGCGGUGAGUUUCGUUCAUCGCCGCCGACGAACGUGGAUGUUAUAUCGGCGUUAAUGCAGUUAUUCCGGCGGAAAAUCCUGGGCCCGCCGAGGAAGGCGAGGUCGGCGCCUGCGAGUUCGGCGAAUAGCGGCGGCGGGGGACCGCCUUGCUCGGCGGUGCUUGUUCAGACGGGGAGUUGUUUGCCCACGUUGUCCGGCGGCGCGUAGGCCAAAAUAAUCAAUCUCCGGCCAGAAAUUCGCCGGUUUUACCUGUCGGAUUGUUUCCGGCGGGAGAUAAUUGGUCGGUGAGAUGAAGUCAAACUGUUUCGUAAGAGAGGAAGAGUGUCGUGUCGGUUUUGCCAUUUUUUGUGUGUGAAAAUAAAAUAAACAAAAAUAGUAAGUAAUUUUUUUACUAAAAAAAAUGGGAUUUGAUUUGACGGAGGGAUACACAUUGUGUCCGUGUAUUGAUUGUUGUGUGUUGAAUGUGUCCACAUUGAGAUGGGUUGUCGAUUUUCA